CAUAACAUGUAAAUCUAGUACCCCUCAUAUUAAUAACACCUCUUAAAGGGACAUAACAUGUAAAUCUAGUAAUAGGAGAGGCAAAGCAUUAAGUUGUAUAACCUACGAGUCUACGUUGAUCUGGUCGCUACCACCCGUCAUUCAAUCAACUCUUUGUAAUCAUUUUGUAUCUCACCACUAAAUAUUCACUUUUCCACACACACAAGUCUAUGCUCCUGUCAUCUCUCUCUCUCUCUCUCUCUCUCUCGCUUCUCUCUCCUCUCUAUAGAGCCUAUGGACAAACGUCCCCGCAAACAGCGGAAGAAUGAAAGCACCAACUCAGAAGAAGUGAGUAGCAUCGAGUGGGAGUUCAUAAACAUGACUGAUCAAGAAGAAGAUCUCAUCAACAGGAUGUACAGACUAGUUGGAGACAGGUGGGAUUUAAUAGCUGGGCGUGUACCAGGGCGGAAGGCCGAAGAGAUAGAGAGGUUUUGGAUAAUGAAGCAUGGCAAGGUUUUUGCCCAUAAAAGGGACCACCAUCCUACCACAAACUCAUGACGCCAGCAUUUAUUUGUUCUCUUUAAGGUUUUACGUAAAAGGAAUACUAUUCACUCACCUAAUUAGUAAAGCACUCGACUUUGUGAGCGGACGUGUCUGUAUUCGAAUCUCCUAAUUUGCGAGGAUAACAAAUAUUUAACGCAAAAUUUUUCCUUUUCUA